ACAACAACAUCAGCAGAAGCCACCCGUGGCAGAACGCAUGGUCAACGCACUCAGGGCUCCGUCGUUUAUGGGUUUCUAGUUUCUAUAAUCGUACCUUGCGCCUGUGCCUGACAGUGUGUGGACCGAUCUAAUAAGAAUGGCUAAAAGAAGUAGUGUCACAUGCGUAAAACCAUCGGACCCUCCGUUCUUGAGGAAGCUUAAGGAGCGCGUCGGCUACAAAGAAAGCCCGACGGUCGACACGAAGAGGGAAGAACACCAACCUGUGGACACUGUAGACCCCGACCUCGAUGACGAAAAGCCUGUCGUCGUCGUUCUCAAGGCGGGCGAUUUGACUGCUGAGGAAGCUGAAAUCUACAGUCAAAGAGAAGUUUCAUAUAACGAGCCUGCUGAUGGCAAGAUAAUGUUCAAGAAGCCAACAAAAAGGAAAGACAGCACCGCUUCAACAGAUGGGCAAGCCAAGAGGGUCAAAGAGGUUGACAAAAGCCGCCGCCAGCAAGUGAACUCCAUUAGAGACAGCCGUCUUUUGUCUUUUGGUGACGAUGACGAUGACGACUAAUAGUGGCAUGCAGGUGGGUGCUAGCACUGCCUGCACUCAGCCAGCAUUAUUGGAUUUCCAAGCAGUGCAGUCAUUGGGAAAGUUCAUCACCAGUACUGAUGGGUAGGCUGUACUUUAGCUGCUGCCAGCUUUUGCAGCUCAUACAUGUUAAAAGUAUGUUGUAAAGGUGUUUGGCACUGCUCUGUAAUGUGUUUGGACAAUUGAUGAGGGGAAGUGUCUACAUAACGUCUGUUGUUUAAGGCCUUCCUAACUGUCACAUUAUUGUUGCACCCAAUGCCCACAGAUGCGAUGCGUAUACAGGAUUUUUAUGUGUAUAUGCACUUUACCUUCGUCAAGCCCGUGUGGCUGUAGAAUGUGACAGCAUGUCAUGACAACCUGAAGUUUUCAUGCAAAGCUCUCUGUGACGUGUAAUGUAGUGUGUGCAUUCCUGUACCAAUCAGCUUAAAUUUCAAGGAAGCCACCAAUACUAUUUGCUUUUCUCUAUUCUCAAAACACAGUGAGACUGCUUCAGCAAUUUUUUUUAGAGUUUGCCAAUUUGUCUUUUUUGGCACUAGCAAUGACACUUAAUACAUAAUUUACUUCCGCACAACACUGCACACAAAUCAGACCUUUGUUGCAUUGUUCACUGAGGGACCUUCCAAGACUCGUACUUUACUUUUUCAUUAGCUAAGGUUAUUGUUCUCUCUCCAUAAAGAGAGAGAAGACAGUGCCAUGCACGGGGCUACACGAGUUGACGUCGUACAAAUGUAGCGUGGAACCUUGCAUAUAGCGGAGAAAUGUGUAAUGGGAGAUGAGCUCUGUUGUCAAGUUAUUUAGGAGUUGGACUCAAGUUGGUACUUAAGGUUUGGUGGUUCCUCUAUGAGAAAUCACACUUGGCAGACAGCUGUCAUCUUAUUGCACCAAAAGCAUGUGUUCAUGUGCGUGUUUGUCGCAUUGCAAAGAAAGAAACAGUCUGCAGUCCACAGAAAAAGCAUGAAAAGGAAAUAAUUAUUACAUUAUCCCAGCCCACGUGUUAUGUUUGUAUAGCAAACUUUUUUUCCUGUAUGCAUGCUACUAUUCUAAAAAAAUGGGUUGGCAUCACCCACUGGCAUCACAUGUCUUUGACUUGUGUUUAACCAAAAAAUAGAAGAACCUACAACGAUAGCUGCAUGAUCCCCAGGCACAUUUAUUAGCAGAUAGCACAGUGAGCUAGCAUUCGGCCAAUAGGAGCAUAUUCAGUAGAGACAGAAAAGAAGCUAAGUUCGCUCAGUAAAAUCCAUUUUUCUUCAUUUGAACAAAGAUAUUUAGGGAGAUGCAAGCUGAAGUCAGACACAUUCAAGCUCUGAAUCAUUGACCUUACCCGUUUUGUUAAGUUUGGCCAUUUCCAUGUGUUUUAGCUGUCUUCCUCCCCAUUUCUUCUAAAGUUUUACCCACUUUGUGCUGAUUUAUGUUAGCCAUAGUCAAUAAAAGGCAGAACGGAAUUUGAGAGGUAUUGUGUUGGGACAGUGAAGCGAUAGAAACUGAGAGCUUCUGUCGUGUGCCAAAAUGUUCCUUUGCGAAUGUCCAUUAUUUCAGCAAAGACAAUGAAUGCACAACUGACAAGCAACUUCUGCAGCAGCGCAAACAGGUACACUAGGCUGUCGAAUUUAGGAGAAUUGGAACAGGGCACCAGCAAGAUACCAAACAGCAGCAAAAGCCCAUUGCUACACUGAGCUGUCGACACUAUGAAAGCCACAGACAGCUUGCGUCAAGUCAUUACACAGAAUAACGCUUGGAAGUUGAUGCAUUUUGACUAUUGGCAACAGAGAAGUCAGACAAUCAUUGCAAAGAACUACACUACCACUACUAAAGUAAAGCGGAUACCCAACUUAUAGGAGCACAUCUGGAUUACAGCUGGGCAGGAUGGGCACACUAAGGCAGUAUGAAGUAUUGCUAAACUUACUCCAGUGUCCACGUAGGCCCUUAAGUCUAAGGCCAAUGGCAAUGAAAUUUUGGACUGUGUAAAAAUGACUACUAGUUUUAGAUAGUUUAGGUAUAGAGUAGCCUCCAUACAAAAUGUUACUUUUAAAAUACAAGUAAAUGUGUCAUGAACAGCUGGCAAAAAAAAUGUCUUUCAUACCAAAACUGAGAAGAAAUAACCACUAGCUGGAAAUGAUGCCUCACCCAGAACAUGGAGAACCAGCGAAGCCCUCGGCUCACUGAAAAUCUCCGAGGUAAUGUGCUGGAACGUACAUCACAUAUAGUAACCACCAGCCCUGCAGCUUUGCCAAGAUUGUUUCUAUGGUAUAUAACUACUCAUUUACAACUAAUUUAGAAAAAUGAAAUUUUAUUGCACUUGGUUUGGCUCCCGACUAGUUCCUGGGGGUGCCGUCCGGGUAAGCAGUGGCAUGGUCACCCUUCCGGGAAUUCAGCUUCAACUAGCCACUUGGAAAAUAUGUUAAAACUUUUUACAGUGGCCCGAUGAGAGGUAGCAGUGAUAAAGAUUGAUCCACCAGAGAGACAAAUGAAUUCAUGUAAUUUUCUAAGGGAGCAGCUGCAGGGAGAACACAGUGCUUCAGCAUGAGUUUCACGCCUUUGAUGAAUGAACUUGUGUUUUGUUGUGCUUCUGCUUGAAAUGUCAGGAUGGGUGCAAGCCCCAAAAGGCGCAAUUACAUGCAUGGCUUCUCUCUUUAGUAGUUGUUUGUUUUCUGUGUGAAAUUGGCCAGAAUUCAUUACUCUGCAAAAAUUAGCAUCGCCAGCUUCAGAAGACGGGCUCCAAGCCUUGAAUGUGGAUCAACCAUCUGUUUUGAUGUCUGGUCAUUUUAAUAUGUAUGCCGUUAUCAUAAAAGCAAUCUCAAGGAAAUUGCUUGUAAUCUUGUAUAUUGUUAGGAAUUUUGAAUGCGUGUUUUGAAAAACUUGUGUAAUAGUUUAUUAUAAAAAUUUUUAGUGUUUAAGAUGACGCUAAAGAGUGGCAUUAAGUCAAUUUAAACAGGUAUUCUUUCAGAACUUUAUUCAUUUGGCAAAAAGAAAUGGAAUAUUACUGGGAAAGGCUAAGGCCAAACUUUUAAAAUUUCAUGCAAAAGCCUACAGGCUGGUUCAGAAUACUAUUUUCUUAUAUUUGGGCCAUUUUGGUGCAGGAAAAAAAUUUCGUAACUUGUAAGCUUGAAGGGACUGACAACUGGCCAGAAUGUGUUGCGAGACGUUGAGGGAAAUGAAAUUAUCAUGGAUUUAUAGCGAUAGAAUCCAUCAUGCUGUUUGCGAUUUAAGUAGGAAUUAUAAUUUUAAGUUGUCGUAAAGAAAGUAUCAGAAGCCAGUUAGUGGGAGCAGCCUGGCAAUGAAAUCUUGGUACUCCCAACGUAAUAUAACAUUGCUGUACGUAAGUCGGCUGUUAUCAAGUACAGCAUACUUAUUGCUUAAAAUUGCAGUUCGUGUGUUAUUAGAUGCGUGCACCCUUUAUUCUGUACGCAUUACGGCCCACACAUCCCACAAUGCACAGCAGUGGACUAGCUGUUGUAUGUGCGUGAGUUUGCGAGUAAGUACCCAGAGUUGUGUGGUCUCUCUGUCAGAUAAAAAAUGCCAUGAACUAGUGGUGCCUUAAAUGGGUGCCAGCACUCCAAUAUUAGCACCACGCGUGGCUACAGCAACACACUGUACUAAGUGUAACUUGGCUUGGCUAAAAAAAAAAUCCCCCACUACAUAAUAACCAAUGCAGUUGGAUAGGAAACCACGAAAACACGCAGCUGUUAUUGUAGAAAUAAUUUAACAAUUCGGAAAACAUGAAUCACAGGACGUCGGCUUGGUUAACAAUAUGAUUUCUCACAGCUACGAGCGCACUUGUGGUCUACUUCCCACCAUGCUGGCAUAUAAUCGCUAUCGCGCUCAGCUAUCACUGUUUUCAGCAUGCUUGCAGCGAAAGACUACAUCCUCACUGUAGAUCGAAAAAUUGAUAAAAAAUGUUCCACAGCAUUUUUCAUAUUACCACUUCAUGAUAAGGCACUCUGACCAGUAAGCUUUCUAUUCACUAUAAAAAAAAGUACCAUGAAAAAUGGUUGUCCGUCUCUAAGAAUACAGUGCUCUUUUAUCGAUAAACAGUAAAGUAGAUACUGCCAGAAUAAAUUACGUCAUCGCAAACUGGCCACCAGUCUCACUUUUAUGCCUUCUUAGGCUUACCAAGCCUCCUCACAGCAUUAGUAGUGACUGUUCUGCUAUUGCGGUUUAAUUUAUUCACACAAUUUAAUAUUCCCAUUGAUAGUUCAUUUAGAAGAGUACUGAUGUGUUAUCUUCUUAUGCAUCAAAUGAAGCCCCAAACCAUUUUAGAAAUGUAAAAAAGAAAUAGUAUCCACGCUGUAAAUGUUUUACUAUAAUACUUUUUUCUAUGAACCUGUCUCAGGAUUGGUAUCCAUUAUGCAGAUGCAUCAUGAUUUCAGAAUAGUACACACGCUUGCUUUGUUCUUGAAAGUGCUGUGGCUGCCAUACGAGAGCACAGUCAGAAGAAAUGCACACAGGGCUCAUUCAUUUUUGAAAAGUACUGUCACAAUACUAGGCCUUACUGCUACAAGAUAUCGGCAAAUUUUUGUGUGUCAUGAUUUCACAACAACGUUGAUGACGGGCCUCUGAUUUGGAGAUCUAUCAAAUUAAAAUAUUUUGUCUGCCACCGUCAUAAUUCGUAAGUGUCAUCCUUAUUCAUGCAAGAAGAAUGUGGUAGACUUUCUACAACUUUCAAAAUGUGUCAGUGCUCUGCCUAGGAAGCUGUGGUAGUGCCUUGGUUCCAUAGUGGAAUAUCAUCCCUUCCUCCAUGUGGAAUAUGAUGGUGGCCAGAGGUAGGAGCUAGGUGCACCCGCUGGAUAGAAAUAAAGCAGUUAAUGAAAAGUGUCCGAUGAUUACAAUAGUCUCUAAAGCGAAAUUUGGGUGCAGCUCGACAUGCGUUUUCAUUUCGCGAUCAAUAUAUUGAGGCAAAGAAUUUGAGACCGAAAUCACCGCAUCGACUGGCAGUGGGCCAGCGUCAUCAACGCCUUCACAGAGGGAGCUGCAGUAUGGGAACGCUGGCAUGAUGUGGGGCAUCGAAGCCAGCUGUGGAAGACGCCAAUGACGAACGCACGAGCAGUGGCACGAGUGCGUUCGCACGGUUAUGCCGAGAAGCCGAGCAGUGGCACAUGCGUGGUUACGCUGAGGGACGCCGACGCUCAACCCAGGCAUGGGUGCCCAAGAGCUGCACUCUAAACAUAUCGGUUGGGUGAAAAUGAUUGCUGUGGCGAUACCACGCUGUUUACAAUGUACGAAUCGGACAAACCUAGAACCUCCUGUGCAGCACUACAGCUGGUCCUUUCGCUUGAUUCUAUUUCUUUAUCAGUUGGUCAUGGUUAACUGAUCACAGUAAUAAUGUAAGCGGAGCUCCGCUUGUUGCUGCAAACAAUAUAGCACCCGUUGAGUAGCCGAGGUCAAAGAGAGCACCAUUUUGUAUUGUUUGUCAGUGGCCGACCUCUGGUAUAAUUGGCCAAAAGGUUCCAGAGAACAAUCAGCACUUGCACACAUGCAAUAAGGAGAUUGUGCAGCAGCCGCAUGGCUAUCACCUCCAUUGCACACACAUCAAAAAGCCAUUCCUUCCCUCUCCCCUCCCGUAAGUGAGACGUCUAAGACUAUUGCCAUCUCCUGAAUGGACAUAAAAGAGCUCUCUAAAUCAGUUUAGACAGAUAAAAUGUUUCUUCAGAACUCUCUCUGCACUUAUUUGGCAAAAAAAAACAUGCAGCAGUACCCAUUUCACGAUGACUCGUUGGUAAUGCUUUGAAUAAAUAUAGCAACAUAACAUACUGCCACUGUCGAAACAAGUUAUGUAUGAGGCGUGCAUUGCAGUGAACCUCCUCUUUUGCAAUUCCCCGACACUGGGCGCCAUCUACUGUCGCCACCGCAAAGCCUGCACAUGGCCUGCGAAAUUCAUGGCACACUGGUGCGUGCGAAUGCUCAUGUCAUGGGGCAACUAGGCUCCUCUCUCGCGCUUCUUUUCGGACAAACUGCACCAUCUAGCGGCACUGCCGAGAAGUCCGCACGCGGAAGAUGAGAAGUGUGGCACGCCGGUGUCUGCAAAUGCCGAGAAUUGUUCCCUCACUUGCCUGCACACUCAGUGGCACAUACUCAGUGACCCAAGUUGGCGAGAGGUUUAUUGAAGAGGGGCACAUGCAUUCAUGAUGCAGUUCGCUAAACUGUUCGCAUAAAGGGCGUUCACUGAAAGUGACAUAUGCCCGGUGCAUUUGAGGCGCACUCUGCUAAUGCAUCAGGUUGCCGUUCUUGAGGAACCCUUGUGAUGUGGAUUUGAUACCGCUCAGAAUCGGAGAAAUUUAAGGGAUCUUUUUCGUCAUUAUAGAGCAGCGCAUUCCCUGUGGCACAUACUUAGUUACCCAAGUUGGCCUCAGGUUGUUCAUUGAAGAGUGGCACACGCCUCCCGAUACAUACCCAGUGACUCAAGUUGGCAUCAUUUUGAGAACCAGCAUAAUCAAGUGGCACAUAACCAUUGCACCAAAUCAACAUCAAAGAGUUUCUUCACACAGCGGUCCUAUACAGUCCCGCAUUUACAGCGACCCAUGUGGGUGUGAAAGAUGUUCAUUGAAGAGUGGCACACACAUUCACAUUGGCACAUACUCAUUGACCCAAGUUGAUCCUCCGAUGGUUGGUUUUGAACACUGUUAGCUCAGCACAGCAGGCCAAUGUGCUAACCAUUUGAUGACAAUUAUGAAAAAUUAACCCAGGUGGGCGGAAAAGCGGUUAGAUAUAUAGGUAGCCUUGGAAAGUGUGUGAAGUACCCAAAGAAUACUAACACAUUAAAAAAUCACGAGCAAUAACAGAAGCCAAAUGUCUGUCAAAGAGACGUGAUGCGUAAUACUGCCGCCACCAGCGUGUGGCUUCUGUAAGCAACAUUGCAUUGCAAGCGGUACAUUAUGACACAAGUUGCUGCUUGCUUUGGCACGAGCGUGGACCUUCAGACCACUGUGGCAGCGUUGACUAGAACAGAGUGUCUCCAUCACUACGUUCACCAGGAAACACUAGCAGCAGAGCCCACUUACGAUUUCAAGGUACUGCAAGUGCAUGCGACCGACUACCACUACAUCAUGCUCGAUAGCUCUGAUGGUGAAGACAUUGUGGUGUUCUGUGCUUGAGAAUGUACCUUUGCCUGGGACGGAUGUGAAACUACCGAAGACCCCAUGCAGCGUUUUUAAAGAAACCUUUAAGAGAGAGUCCGAGGAGACUGAAUUCAAAAUGCUUUCGGUGAACAUUUUGCAGUAAACCAACUGCAUUCAUCCUCAGCCUAAGUCUGCUCUCAUUCAUGGUCUACCAGAGUCAGCUUUGUAGCAGUCUGAAAUGGAGAAAUCGGCUCAAAACUUCACUCUAGACAUUCCUUUAUUCAAUUUUAUGUGAAACCACAACGUCGCGAUAUCUGUGGGACGUGGAUUUCAAAGCAUUACUUGCAUUUGGCCAUUUCUGUGCAGAAAAAGUUGGAACUUUCUCGGUGCAGUCCGGUUUCUUCAAAUUGCAAUGAAAUCCUUCUUCAUAAAUAAAUAAUCAACUAUUAUGGAGACGGUGCUGUCAAGUCAUGGGUUGCCGCUGUGGAACUAUGUCAUCAGCCUCGUUCUUCCAUCAUCUUCAGGUUACCAAGCUCUUGUCCUCAGUACAAUUCACAUCCUCAGUGUUUGAGAAGUACAAUUUACCAAGUUUAAAGGGACUGACAGCGGUUAUCAUGAUACUCUCCCCCCCCCUUUUUUUUUAGUGCAAUGGAAAGUUUACCAGUCAACAGUGCCUAACCAUGCAGUGCCAACUUUGGAAACGCCAUGGAACGUUAUCAGAAUUUUUCUAUCUGCAGCGAGGAUGUAGUCGUUCACUGGAAGCAUGCUGAAAACAGUAAUAGGAGAGUGUGAUAGCGAUUAUGCACCGGCAUUAGUGGGAGGCAGGCAAGUGUGGCUGUAGCUGUGACAAAGUAUGAUUUUGUUUAUCAAGCCGAUAUUCCUAAGAUUCAUGUUUUCCGAAUUGUGAAAGUAUUUCUGCGAUAAUAGCUACGUGUUUUCGCAUUUUCUUGUCCAACUGCUUUGGUAUUCAACUAGUCAAAACGAAACCAAAUGGAUCGAAAACGAAAUGACACCUUUACACGCGAUAGAGUCAGCGUGUUGCCGUAGCGACGCGUUUGUUUUUGAGUUCCAAAGCAUAGAAUAAUGUGAGAGUGUAUAAUAAUAUACCAACUGCAAUUUUAAGCAAUAAUUAUGCUGUACUUAAUAAUAGUCUACUUAUGUACAGUAAUCUCAGACUACAUCCAAAGUACCAAGAUUUCACCGCCAGGCCUUGCCAGUUACUGGCUUUUGAUACUUUCUUUGCCAAUUUAUAACUAUAAUUUCUACUUAAAUCGCAAACAGCAUGUUGGAUUAUAUCAGUAUAAAUCAUCGUAAUUUCAUUUUCAUGAACUUCUCGCAACACAUUCUGGCCAGUUGUCAGUCCCCUUAACUGCUCCUCUUUAGUGACCAUUUAAGCAAUCAAGUUUGCGUCUAGGUGGAAAGAGGUGGGUUGCAGCAUUUCUUGGAGAAACUGCUGGGCAGAAUUUGUGGACACAAAACUACCAAGCGACAAAACACUACACAUUGUUUGAUAGUGCAGCAUGUGACGCUGUGCUUGAAUGUGAAAAUGUUGUCCGGAGUGCAUUAAAGCGUAAGCGAUACGAUGUGCAUACACAGCCUACGUCAGCAAUGUUGGUUUGUGCGAUAGAUGAAGCCAAACGUCUGCAACAUUUUCUUCAUGCCAGGCUUGUAUCUUCGGUAAAUACAGACAUGGUACUGAAAAAUUAAAUUUGCAUGAACUCCUGUUUGUCGCCGGAAACCUACAACACAGACACCUGUAGACCUAUUCAACUAAUAGAAAGUUUAGUUACAGACAGUUGACAAAUACUGUGAUGAGCCCGUAAAGGCAGUUACAAUAGAAUGUCACGUUUGCCUGCAGAGCUGUCCAAGUCUUGCAUGAAGAUCGAUCAUCUUAACUUUCAGCUAAAGAGUAAUUUGUCAUGAUUGUCGUAAUUACACCAAGUCAUGUUAACAUAUCUUCCAUUGUGGCAAAAGCAAUCGAGUAAAUUGCUUAUAUAAUCUUGCAUAUCUUAAAGGGACACUAAAGAGAAACAUCGAAUCAGUUUAGAUUAAUACCCUGGAAUAAAUGUGCACAGAUGGGUAACAGAGGCAUUGGGGUGAAUAAUUUGAACCACCUAGAUGGAUGGAAUGAGAAUGUAACGUCUAUGGCGAUUCUAAAUCGUGUCCUCAAAUAAUUAACGCACCCAGUAUACUCCAACCCAUUUCCUUGGUUUCACAACAUGGAUGACAAUGGGAAACACGGUAACCAAAUUCCACGCUGGCUAUUUGCUGUUGCCAUCUUCCCAUACAUAGUGCCCCAUAGCAAAGGCAUGUAUUAUUGCAGACAUCAUGUACACAUGAUCCUCUAUGCGUUAGAGUUAGUGCACUAUGGGAACAACUGUGAACCUAUUCUUACAAGUCACCACAGUGCAGUCGUCAAGGCAUGCUGGAGUCUAAUAAUUACCGAGCUGUUCACCCAUACAAUUAGAGCAGCAGCCAGUAAAUCCAAUGCGUACGCUCUUUGGACUUGUUUUGUGCCAACCAUGAUAAACUAGACAGCCAUAUAAACUCCUACAUCACGUUCACUAUCGUGAAUGUAGCUCAUGUCUGGUACCCCAGUUACGAUAAAAGAUUUAGGUCAAGGCUACUUGCAAUUAUUAAAGAAACAAGCAAAAGUGAAUAAAUUUUGUAAGAAACAGUGAAAGAAGCAUGCAUGCAAUGUAGUCAAACCCACUUAUAACGAUAUUGGUUUUAACAACAUAUCGGAUAUAACAAUGAGCAGCUGAUGCACUGUAAAAAAUAAGCGCUUACUACAAUGCUCCCAGGCCACAUUAUUGGUUAUAAUAAUUAAAUCUGGCUACUAGGUGCGUGUGUGUGAAAAAUCGCGAGUUGCUUCACCACAGACACCUUUGUUCUGUGCACUCAGAGCAGCACGCCUUAGUUGAAUCACCAGCCCUCGUGCACCCCUCAGGCUUCCAACCUGUCGCUGACGUCCGUGGGAUGGAUGGGAGAGGGGUGAAAAACGAGUCAUGCCGUGCAGGGUGCCUGGCACAAAAGUGGGAGUGGCAAAGUGGCUUUUUUUCCCCCUGGAUUUUACUUUUCUUUUCGGUGCAGACAGCUAGCAGUCAGAUUCAAUCGUAGCCAAUAAUGCGGCGGCAUGGGAGCAUUGUAGUAAGCCGUUUAUUUUAUCAUAGAACACACAAGUUCAUGGUGCCACAGCUGCUCCUCGUUACAUCAGUGUUGUGAAAACCAGUAAUGCUAUAAGUGGGUUCAACUGAAAUAAAAUGUUUGAAUGUGUGUCCAUUCUA